AUGCCCGCCUCCGUCCACUCCGAAGAACAAGACCAGUCCAUGCUGGACGCCUCCGCGCCCCAGGAAGAGCAGACCGACGUCCUCGAGCUGGACGAGAAGCGCAUUGUUGUCUUGCCCGGCUCAUCCGAUACCGCAGCUUCAUUCCAAUUCGAGGGAGAGGGUCACACUCUGGGUAAUGCGCUGCGAUAUGCGAUUAUGAAGAACCCCGAAGUCGAAUUCUGCGGUUACACUAUCCCCCAUCCUUCCGAGACGAAGAUGAAUCUUCGCAUUCAGACUUAUGAAACAACCACCGCCGUCGAAGCCCUCGAAAAAGGUCUCGACACUCUAAUGGAUCUCUGUGAUGUCGUUACGGAUAAGUUCACCACUGCUCGGGAUGACUUUAAUGCUGCGCAGGCGGAUCGCAUGGAGGCUUAG